UAUAGGCAACUCUCUUCCAAAUGCACGAUAUGUGCUUAAAUAGUAAUUCAGGGGUAACAAGUAUUUACUUUUCUAGGGAAAGGGUGAAUUUUUAUCUCUAUAUUUACGCAAUAACUGACGAGCGACAACUGUUUGUUUAUGGAUUUAUAUGUUACAAAUAGUAUUGUAAAGAGUUAGGAAAUUGUAAAAAUACAAGUAAUGAGACCAGUAUGUCAAAUAUUACCGGUGGAAGCCUCAUUGAUCUCGGUUUACUUUAUUGAUGAAAAUAUACUUCUUACAAUUAAUUGAUACUUUUACUUCAUAUAAUUGAUCUUUACAUAAAUGACUGUUACAUUUAGCAAUGUUUAUAUUUCAUCCAUACCUUAAAUAGUUAUUAAAACUACGUACUUUUAAUGAUUUUUGUAACUCGACACAUUUCUUAUGGUUGAGUCUUUCAAAACUUUUGAAUGUAACCAACGUGUAAUUCCAAAAAGAUGAAACGAUUAAAGAGUGAAUUAAUUAAUGCUACAAUUGAAUCAUAUUUGAAACGACGUCAUUAUCAGGCAGGCUACGUUCUUAUUUUUAUUUCAAGAAAUACUAGUGAGGUGUUUUGUAAAACUAAUCAAGUACAUUGCCGAACCAGUGAUGAAAUGACUCUGAAUGCAACUGCUGCUUCUGCUACAUCUCAAGACAACUCCAUUAUUUUCAGUGCUAUUAGCAUUGAUGUAGCUGCUGCAGAUCAAGCGUAUCAACGAUUAAAGAUGUGGGUAAAUAUUGCACUCAACGAUAAAUUGAAAAUGGAAUUAAAAGGGCUUUUAUACCCUGUGUUUUGUCACUUAUAUCUAGAAAUGCUACAUGCUGGUAACAAACAAGCAGCGAUUCAGUUUUUAAAAUCACACCAAAAUGAAUUUAAUAGUGAAACUGAAAGAGACUUUUUAGAAGAACUAUCGAGUGUAUUCUCAGUGCAGGAUAUUGAAUUGAGACCUUUAGUAAAUUCAUUUAGAACUAGAAAAUACAAAGUGGAUAUGUCUGAUGUUGCUCAUCUUUGUCUUCAGCAGUUUCUUUCAAAACACGGACACAUUAUACUAAUGCAGAUAAUAAAUACACAUUUGACAAUAAUUACAAAAAUGGAUGUACCCGAGACAGAUAUAGAGAGAUCUGAAGAAUCAGGGGUAAGAUGUGAAGUAGGAAUAAACGGAUAUGUAGAGCAGCCAUCGGGUACUGGAGCUGAUCGUGAAAUGCGAGAAUUACAGGAAGCGAUAAGAUUAAUUCGAAAUAAUGCUCAUCAACCUUUACGAAUAUUUGCAGUAAAUAAUGCUGUUGAAAACGCAAGUAGCGGUAUAAUUCCACCAAAUAUGGAUAAAUUAGCAGUAGGAUUUAGCACUACAGAGAUUAGAUUAUGGGGUAUAAAUGAAACAGUAUUAAUUAAGCCAAAGCAUGAAGAACCCUCCUUUUCGUUUGCUUCUGAUAAUCCAUUUGUAGAUAAAUUUUAUGAAACUGAUGACAGAAUGACGGAAGGAGGGGCAGUGAUACUUAGAGGACAUACAGAUAUUGUACAUGAUCUAAGGUUUAUUCCAGAAUCAGAAAUUUUACUUUCUGUAUCUAGUGAUAAAGAUAUGAGGGCAUGGAGACUUAAUGAUUAUACAUGUGCCGCGAUUUAUAGGUAUAUGCAUGUAUUUUAUACCAAUGUUCUCAAUAUAUAUUACAGAAGUGGUCAUAGUUAUCCUAUAUGGUGCAUGGACCUUAGUGUAUUCAAUUUAUAUGUUGCGACUGGUUCUCAUGAUAGAACUGCCAAAUUGUGGUCAUUAGAUAGAAUAUUUCCAUUACGCAUAUUCGCUGGUCACUUUUUAGAUAUAAAUUGUGUAAAAUUUCACCCAAACGCCCGAUAUCUGGCGACUGGGUCUGCUGAUAAGACUGUCAGAUUGUGGGAUAAAGAUGAUGGAAAUUUGUUGAGGGUAUAUAUAGGAGCACAGUCAACGAUUUAUAGUUUAGCCUUUAGUCCAGAUGGAAAAUAUUUGGCAGCUGCUGGUGAUGACAAAUCCAUCUCCGUGUGGGAUUUAGCAACUAAUGCAUUGUUAACUGAACUUAAAGGCCAUGAAGACACGGUUAUGAAUUUAGACUGGAGUUUUGAUGGUCAAUACAUUGCUAGCGGAAGUCUGGAUGGCACUAUUCGUUUAUGGCCUACUCAUGAUCAUAUUAAAAUUGUGAAUAGUAAUACAUCACACGUAGUACCUGAAAUGGAAUCACCACAAAUAUACUCAACAUGUUGCUCGAGCAUUCUUUCCUUACGUUAUUACAAUAAGAAUAAUUCGCUCGUGUGUAUCGGAACGGUGGACAAUUUGUAAUAUAUUAAAUUAAAGUUGAAGAAAGGAUUAAAUGCGAUAUAUUUGUAUGUUUACGUCUUUUAUUAUUUUCCCUUGUAAACUUUGGUACACUCAUUACAAGCUUCUAAUACUGUAGUGCUGCAAUAGGAUAAAUUAUGAUAUAUCUGCCACGCUUGCAUCUACUGACAACGUGAUAUAAUUUACAUAAAAUCCAAGGAGGAAAAACAAUGUAUACCACAGUAUCGGUCGCCAUGUUUGAAAAUUUCCAGUUAUUCGAAGAGGUUUGGCUGUUCGUAUACUGAAACAGAAGAUUCUAAAAGACAUGUUGAUGCCGAUGAUAACCGAUCUUCGUCUUUCGCAUCAUCGGUAACGUCACGAUUCGUGAUAUCAAUAUUGUCGGCUUGGUCAUGCCUCAAGAGAUUAUUGUUCUCUUCACGGGAAUUCCUUCUUGAUUCAGUCUGUUCGGUGAUGUCGCGUAGCUCGACAACGCUACUGGAACUACUGAAAUACAUAUAAAAUAGAGUAUUUAUUUUUUAAAAUACAAUCUAUACGCGUUUUACAUGUAAUUUCAAAUAUAUGAAAAAUUAAUGCGCACUCCUUUCGAUUUUGUUUGUCGUUUUCCCAUCUCAUCUCGGAGCACCAGGAUGGCCUUCUUAUGGUGACUCUACCGGAAGUAGAAUUACGUUGCCUGGAACAAUCCUAAAGAUAACUAAAUUAACGUAAACAUAAUGGGAAAUAAAUGUUUUAUAUCUUUUUAGA